AUGCUCCUGACACUGGUACUGCUAGCUAUUGGUGGGCCCUUCUUGUCAGUACCAGAAGGCAUUGUCCAAGGCUUGGACUCCUUUGCCGCCAGCCCUUAUCCCACCUUCACCCGGAAUGACACUCUCUUUGAACAUUUGGCCCUGCACCCAGAACCAGGCAUUGGUCGGGUCUAUGUCGGGGCCCGAGACCACCUAUUCCAACUGGACCGUUUCCUCCAGCCAGAGCUACAAGAUGACACUGGCCCAGUGACUGAUAGCCGUGAGUGCCUUCCCCCUGUAACUGACAGUAACUGUCCUCAAGCAAGACUCACCAGCAACCACAAUAAACUCCUAUUGGUCGACCCUUACUCCAUGGAGCUCGUCACCUGCGGAAGUGUCAAUCAAGGGAUUUGCCAGAAACGUAGUUUGGACUCAGUAGAUGUGGUUCUUUUCUCAGCGGAGAGGCCAGUGGAUACCCAGUAUGUGGCAGCCAACCACCCCAAUGUAAGCACUGUGGGACUUGUAGUGCGUUCCCGACCAGACAGACAGCCCGUGCUGUUUGUGGGGCGAGGAUACACCAGUAGCCACCCGCCAAUCUCCACUCGAAACCUCGUCCAGGAACCUGUCUUCUCCUACGAGGAAACUGCCAAGCUCGCCGUAGCCGGCCGUCUCUCAGAAUACGACCACCAUUUUGUGGCUUCUUUUGCCCACCGGCAGCACGUCUACUUCCUCUUCUACCGCCGGGACCUCAAGUCACAGUCACGUGAGUAUCGCACCUAUGUCUCUCGCGUGUGUUUGGACGACCAGGCCUACUACUCAUAUGUGGAGGUGCCCUUGACCUGCCGCUCCAGUGCAGGAAAGAUCUACAAUCUGCUACAAGCAGUCCGACUGGGGCUACCCAAGGAUGGAGCCAUCAGCCAGGUCUCGGAGGUUCUUCUGGGUGUCUUCUCUACUCGUUUGGCUUCAUCAACUCGCCCCAGUGAGGACUCAGCCCUCUGCAUGUUCAACUUGGAAGAUCUGGAUCGCAGGAUUAACUUCACCAGAGACCUGUGUUACACACAGAUGGGGAAAGAAGUAGGUGUAGAGGCGGCCUACAUUGAGUAUGAAGUCAAGUCCAACUGUGCCAACCUGCCUGCGAAUACUCUGGAUGCUUACCCUUGUGGCUCUGACCACACACCCAGCCCAAUGGCCAGUCGGGUGGCCGUGGAAGCAGAGACCAUAUUGCACAGCCCAUCUGCCCGUCUCACCGCUGUGGCUGUCAGUGUGAGAGCGGGAAAUACCAUUGCCUUCCUGGGAGACUCCAAGGGGAACUUGCACAAGGUCUUCCUGGGUCCUAAGGGUGAGGUUGAAGAGUACUCCAUCGUCUCCAUUCAGCAAAACUCUGCCAUUAACUCCGACCUCAUCCUGGACCAGAGCGAGGACCACCUCUUCAUCAUGACCUCAACUAUGCUGCAGAAGAGGCCAGUGGCCGAGUGUCAGCAACACACAGACUGCCACUCCUGCCUGUUUGCCCACGACCCCUACUGUGGCUGGUGUGUCCUGGAGGGCAGGUGUGUGCUGCAGUCGGAGUGCACGCGUGGCGCCCAGCCGGGACAGUGGUUGUGGAGUUUUGACAUGGAGCAGCAAUGUCUGGCCAUCCAGUCCCUCAAUCCCUCUAACAUCAGCAGGGAGGAGACCAGGACGAUCUCGCUGUCUGUCCCAGGCCUUCCAGAGUUGGAGGAGGGGGAGUCUUACUCCUGUUUUUUUGAGGACAGCCAGAGUUCCGCUACCAUCACAGAAAUGGGGGUGACCUGCCGCUCCCCAGACACCCACAAGGUGCCAAUGGUGCCACCGGGACAGGAUUUUGUCACGGUCACCUUGGGUCUCCGUUUUGGUGAUAUCAUUGUCACGGAGAGAGACUUCACCAUCUAUGACUGUACAGCUGUCAAGCAGCUGUCUGGCAGCAUGCCUUGCCAUGGUUGUGUGCUGAGUCGAUGGGGCUGUAACUGGUGCGUCCACCAGCAUUCGUGCACUCAUAAGCCCACUUGUGAGGAAGGUGUUAUUAUCUACAACCAGCAUUUUAAACUCCCUACCUCAGCUCCUCCCACAUCCAAAACCAUUAGAGUCACCAACGCCCCUACUACUACAACGCUAAACCCAACAACCACUCCGCUGCCAACUACCACCAUGACCACACCCACAACCAUUGCCUCGACAACGACAGCAACAGCAACAACCAAAGCCCCUACAACUAUAGCAAUCACUCAGGCGCCUACAACCCAGUCCUUAGCCACCACUCUACCUGCAACCACAAGCCCUGAGCCAACGGCACCACCCAGCACCACUCUGCCCCCACAACCACCGACCACACCAGCUCACACCACCAUCCCACCACCAGAGGUCGCCACAGAAGAGAUGGAGGAGCAGACUAAAACGGCGGAGCUGGUCGUUCUGUCUGAGAGUGACGUGGAUGGGGUCCCAGUUACUGCUGUGGAUGCUGAGAUUGCCCAGGUAACGGAGUCAGCGCCAGUCACUGCUGCAGAUGAUAGACAGCCAUUCAUCCCCCUCAUGAUCCCAGCCAUGGAGCCGCCGCCACUGGAGGUGGUGACGGAUUCCAGCAGCACACAGGAAGCGGAGGAGGUACUGACCCUGGAAGAGCCUCCGACAGACGCCACCCAGGGCUUCUCGGGCUACUCUCUGCCCACCCCAUUUCCUCUGGGGGAGCCAGCCGAGUCCGAGCCCGCCUUCCACCUAGACCUGACGCAGGCCCCCUCCCCGCUGCCCCCACAGGAGGCCCAACCCUACACUGAGGCAGGAAGCCAAAGCCCGGACUCCAACUUGGAUGUUCAUGCAGUGCCGAAGGAGGAAGUCGACAACAAUUCAGAGAUCAGCGCGGGUGAAAAUGACACAGCCACCUUCUCAGCUGCAACUGUGUUGUCAGGUGACGGGGAGGAAGACCAUGCCCCCCCCGCCUACCCUCGCCUCCUUGAUGCAGACUCAGAGCUGGAUUACCAGUAUGACAUGGCAGAAGCCUUCCUCCCGGGGGACGAGGGCUCCUAUGUGAGCUGGGGAUCCUCAGCUUGUCCCUGUGUUGAAAAGGUCCAAGGUUCACCUCUCUUACCAGUCAAAGUGGAAAGGAAGAUAACCUUACUGGCACGCAACCUGCACCUGUACCAGGACAAAGAGCUGGAUUAUGAGUGUGUGUUGGUGAUCGAAGGGCAGACCGUGGUGGUGGAUGCCUAUGUGGAGAUGGACGAGAUGAAUCCAUCUCUCUUUGACAUUACCUGUCAACUGCACAAGUAUUCGUACUCAGCUCUUGUGGAAGAAUACAAUGCCGUGGUGUAUGUGAAGAGGAGGGACACCUUCCAUGUGGACAGUGCCACUGGUCUAUAUGUGACUCUGUACAACUGUACAGUGGGCCGCUCAGACUGCAGCCGCUGUCACACGGCGGACCACAAGUAUGGCUGUGUGUGGUGUGGCGGGACUGAGGCCAGCUGCCUCUACUCAGACUCCUGUAGUGAGCCCAUAGAGCAGACGUGCCCUGCGCCGGUCAUACACACUAUUGAGCCUCUAUCGGGCCUGUUGGAAGGGGGAACGAUGUUGACCAUCUCAGGCUCCAACCUGGGUCAAAAGGCUGAGGACAUCCUCCACUCUGUGACUGUGGCCGGGGUGCCCUGCUCAGUCAUCUCCAGCCUCUACGAGAUCUCCUCCAGGAUCGUGUGCCGGACCAGGGCCAGUGGUGGAGAGAAGGUGGGCCAAGUGUCUGUGAAAGUGAGCGGGGGAGAGUUCGGACUGUCUGCCCAGAGAUUCAGUUACCAGGACCCUUUUGUGAUGGGAGUGUCACCAGAGCGAGGGCCCAAAGCAGGAGGGACAUCCUUGACCAUUACUGGCCGCAACCUGCAGACCGGCCGUCCCACUGACCUUGCCAUCACAGUGGGAGGGGUGUCCUGCAACAUUGUGUUGGAGGUCGUGGAAGACAGUGUGGAGUGUGUGACGGGCAGCAGUAAUCAGACAGGAGAGCAGCGGGUGACAUUACAUUAUGGAAGCAGCCAGCGCCACCUCCACUCCUCAAACUACCACUACACCCCCAACCCCAACAUCACCCAUGCCAAACCAGCCAAGAGCAUCCUCCGUGGUGGUCGACUGAUUUACGUAUCCGGCCAUAAUCUAGACGUGGUGCAGGAGCCCAGGAUGGUGGUGACCAUCUCUCCCUUUGAGUCCAUCAGUCAGACCCAAAGGAAGAGGAAGAAGAGAGGGAGCUAUCGAGAGAGAGAGCUCGGCAGGGAGAGAGCACUGAGGAGGCAACCCAGGAUGGUCCCUGACCAAGACUGUCACCUAGGACCACACUGCUCUGUCAAACAGUAUAUGGAGCGGUGUGAAGUCAACUCCUCCUCCCUGAUCCUGUGCCGCUCCCCGAUGGUUGACACCUCCAUCUGGGGGUCAAAGGUCACAGUAGAGUUCCUGCUAGACAAUCUGCAGUUUGACUUUAGAAACCUCAACUCCCAGGCUUUUACCUACGAGCCCAACCCCAUCCUGCAUCCUCUCAACCAGCAGGAGCCACACAAGGCCUACCGCUACAACCCUGGGAGCUUCAUCCAGCUGGAGGGGGAGAACCUGGACCUGGCCAUCAAUAAGGAUGAGGUGAUUGUGUUAGUGGGGGAAGGGGUUUGUGCUGUGAAGACCCUGACCAGAAACCAUCUGUACUGUGAGCCCCCGCCCCAGCAGCCCGCCCCUUACGGAAAGAAACGAGAGGGGACCGACAAUCUGCCUGAAUUUACUGUCCAGAUGGGCAACAUUAACUUUUCCCUGGGUAAGGUGCAGUAUGACACCCUCAGCCUGUCUACCUUCCCCCUGGAGGCCCAGAUAGGAGUCGGGGUGGGGGCGUCCAUUGUGGCCCUCAUUGUCCUCAUCAUAGUGCUUAUCUACAGGAGGAAGAGCAAGCAGGCUCUGAGGGACUACAAGAAGGUCCAGAUCCAACUGGAGAACCUGGAGACCAGUGUGAGGGACCGCUGCAAGAAAGAGUUCACUGACUUGAUGACAGAGAUGAUGGACAUGUCCAGUGACCUGGUGGGCUCUGGCAUCCCGUUCCUGGACUACCGCAUGUAUGCUGAACGCAUCUUCUUCCCCGGCCACCGGGAGUCACCGCUGAGGCGAGACCUGGAUGUCCAAGAGUGUCGCAGGCAGACGGUGGAACAGGGCUUGGUGCAGCUAUCCAACCUGCUCAACAGUAAACUCUUCCUUACCAAGUUCAUCCACACCCUGGAGAGCCAGCGAACCUUCUCUCCUCGAGACAGGGCCUACGUAGCCUCGUUGCUCACAGUGGCACUGCACGGCAAACUUGAAUACUUCACUGACAUCCUCAAAACCCUGCUCAACGACCUUGUCGAGCAGUACGUGGCCAAGAACCCUAAGCUCAUGCUACGCAGAACGGAGACGGUGGUGGAGAAGCUGCUGACCAACUGGAUGUCCAUCUGCCUCUAUGCCUUCCUCAGGGACUCAGCUGGAGAGUCUCUUUACAUGCUGUUCCGGGCCAUCAAGCACCAGGUAGACAAAGGCCCAGUGGACGCUGUGACAGGAAAGGCCAAGUACACCCUCAACGACAACAGACUGCUACGGGAGGAUGUGGAGUACAAGACCCUGACUCUGAAUGUGCUGAUGCAGGGAGGGGGAGUGAAUGAGACCCAGCCAUUGCCCUCCAAAGUGCUGGACUGUGACACCAUCACCCAGGUUAAAGAGAAACUACUGGAUCAGGUGUACAAAGGCACCUCCUUCUCCCACCGGCCGCACACUGACUCACUGGACCUGGAGUGGAGGUCUGGUGUUGCGGGUCAUCUCAUCCUCUCCGAUGAGGAUUUGACGUCCGUGGUCCAGGGAAACUGGAAACGCCUCAACACACUACAACACUACAAAGUCCCAGACGGUGCAACGGUAGCACUGGUUUCACGUCACACCAAACACAUUCAUCACGACAACCACGACUAUGUGGCAGGAGAGAAGACGCCCAUGCUUGAGGAUGCAGAUGAGGGUGGGGUGAGGCUUUGGCACCUGGUGAAAGCCAGUGAGGAGCCUGAACUGCCCAAACAUAGAAGAGGCAGUCUGAGAGAGAGGGAGAGGGCCAAAGCUAUACCGGAGAUCUAUCUUACUCGCCUGCUCUCCAUGAAGGGGACACUGCAGAAGUUUGUAGACGAUCUGUUCACAGUGAUCCUGAGCACCAGCCGACCGGUUCCACUCGCUGUCAAAUAUUUCUUUGACCUGCUGGAUGAACAGGCUGGACACUACGGCAUCUCUGACCCUGAAACCAUCCACAUUUGGAAGACCAACAGUCUCCCCCUGCGUUUCUGGAUCAACAUAGUGAAGAACCCUCAAUUCAUAUUUGACGUGCAGGCCUCAGACCACGUUGAUGCUGUGCUAUCAGUCAUUGCCCAGACCUUCAUGGACUCCUGCACAAUUGCUGAGCACAAGCUGGGCCGGGAUUCACCAAUCAACAAACUACUUUAUGCCCGAGACAUUCCCCGUUACAAGCAGAUGGUAGAAAGGUACUACGCUGACAUUAGGCAGACCAUCUCAGCCAGUGAUCAGGAAAUGAACUCAGCCCUGGCUGAACUGUCCAGGAAUUACUCGGGAGAGUUGAACUACCUUGUCGCACUGCAUGAGCUGUACAAGUACAUCAACAAAUACUACGAUCAGAUCAUCACAGCGCUAGAAGAGGACACCACAGCCCAGAAGAUGCAGCUUGGUUACCGGCUUCAGCAGAUUGCUGCUGCAGUGGAGAAUAAGGUCACUGACUUGUGACAGCAGAAGUAGCAACCAUCCACCGGCACUCUUGGCAGAUUGGAGCGGACCAAAUUUAGCGAAGCAAAAACUGUGGGGUUCUCUUUGAGAUGAAUGUGAGAGGGAAGGAACAAUGGAUGGGACGGACUCUCCUAGUUUGAGCAGAGAUGGGAGGUGAAGGUCAUGAGGUGGUAGAAAAUGUCCCCUUUUAUCAACAGUAAGGAUUCGAACAUCAUGUUGAAGAUAACCUUUUUUGAGGUUUUUAAUACUGAUACACUGGUAAAUAAUAGAUUGGACACUUAACGAGGCCAGGGUGGCACACAGUGAAGGUGUAACACCUAACAUCCACUUUAGAUCAGACCGGAGAAACACAAAUUAUGGUUCAAAAUCACCAAAUGGACAAAGAAUCAAUUCCUCUCUCCCAUUCAGCCAGGACCCUGGUUGAAUUAGGCCAUUAUGUGUCUUUUGCCGCUAUUUUUGAACUUUUAGGAGAAAUGGAGCUCAAGUGUGUUACCUUGUUGGAAAAUGUGCUGGAGUUAAAACUCUGUUGUCUUGCUGAGGUGUAAAAGUAUGAAUGAACAAUAGCCCUCAUAUCUAAAAGAAAAGGGGGUGGGCCAUGGCUAGCUAAUUUUACUUGAAAAAAUUAUAAAUUGCGGAGAGGUCUUAUGUCAAUAUUGUUUCUCUCUUAUGAGUCUCAUGAUGUUGAUUCAUUUAUGAAGAGAUCCCUCUUAUUUUAGAGAGGUGUCUCUUGUACUUGUCAUUGCUGUAGGGCCAAAUUCUUUCUCUUUUCCUAUCUGUGUGUGUGUGUGUGUGUGUGUGUGUGUGUGUGUGUGUGUGUGUGUGUGUGUGUGUGUGUGUGUGCUGUUAUGUGUACACGUAAGUUUGCACACACAAUAACCCAUCUUAGCCUAGUUUUCAAGCCAUAUCUUUUGGUAUAUUUAUACAAACAGACAUUGUAAGUGUAAUUUCAUCAUCCUAAUCUCUCGUUGUCAUGCUGAUUUACAUUUAUAGUUUCGCAAAGUUUUUUUUUUAAGUUUUCAACUUGGAUAAAUAUGCCGUUUGAUCCAUUUAAUCUGUUUUCUUACAAAGUGAUGGCCAGAACGAUAGCAAAUAUACUCACCUAAACUCUCCUCUGUAUUUUGGAAAUACUGACAGCUGUACUCAUGGUGACAACUUUUCACCUAAUGUUUUUUUUUCCUUGCAAUGACACCCUUUAAUGGAAAGAGCGUCUUUUCUUAUAGCCCUUAGUUACGUCUGUGUGUCCUAUAACCCCUACACUGAGUAUGUUGAGUAAAGAUGCUCACCUUCACAUCAAGAAGACUUAGAGGGGAUUCACAAGUCAUCACCACUCUACCUCAGCCUGCUGUGCUGCAAUGACUAACUACUCUUUCCUCUGUGCUGUCGUAGACGCUACACCACCAGGUUACAUACAAGUCAGCAGCUACCACAGUUAGCUAACACAGCACAUAUCCGUCCUACUUGGGAUACACAGCUUAAUGCACAUACAGUAAGAAAUGCUGGACAAACAUUUGCACCUAUGCUCACUCUAUGUGAACACACACACACACACACACACACACACACACACACACACACACACAUAUUCACUUUACUUCAUUCAGACAUUUCAUGUUUAUUGUUUGCAUCAACAUCUGUCUUCUUAAAGUCCCAAAAUGGAGUGAGAUUGAUGCUGAUAUCCCGGUACGCCAUAUAACAUUUUUAAGGUAUCUAAAACUGAGUGAUUGUUGACUUCAGCUUCUGUUUUUGUUUCUUUUUUUCCCAUACACAUAUGCUGAUGUUUCAAUACUUUAAGUCACUGGAGAGACAUUGAAAGAAAGAUGAAACAAAAAUCCUUUCGUUAUUUCGUUUUAGAUUGAGUGAAAUCUUAGCGUGGAAUCUUAAGUUAUUUUGAUGUUGAAUUCUUUUCCAUUUUGUACAUUUUUAACAUUCCUUUUAAUUUUUUAAAUAAGGAACACUAUUAAAACAUGAUUCACCAACUCUAGGCUGCAGUACUUUUUUUGUCAGUGAUAUACUGGUAAUUGGCAUCUGUACCGCAUUGUUAAUUGUGGACACAGGAUGGCAAUAAUUGCCAUUAUUUUUCCAAUAUCUCCCCUAGCAUUGUGAAAACUGCUUUAAGUGCUGAUGGAAAAGCCUGGCAGGGUAAUUUUUUUCCCAGGAUUUUUCUUUCUUAGUAGAAACUGAAAAUUAAUGUAUUGCACACUGGUUCAGUAGUUAUAUCUCAUCAUCUACUCACAACAACUUUUCUGUUUGAGAUAGCUGGUAAAUAUAUGUACAUGUAAUGAUGUCUCACUCACCUGCUGAUAUAUAUGUCGAACUUUGUCUAAAGGACAAAGACUGGGGCUGCACUCUGAACUUCUUCCGGAUCCAAGACCAAAAAUGGAAAGGCUUGUCUUUGAACAGGCUGGCUCUUACACAGUCCAAACACUCCUAUGAGGGAAGAGCCACAAGUUUAAAUGUGUAAGGUUUAUUUAGGUGCAUUUAACCUCUAGUCUAUGCGUGCAGUCCCAGGUUUUCAGCCUGAGUGUGUCAGAAUGUAGUCCAUAGGUUAUCACUACAGUACGUAAUAUACAUGCAACUAAUGACUCAUUUCAGUGGAUGGUUCGUUCUGUCAUAUGCUGUCAUUGUAGAUGAGGGAAAUAUCUAACCAUGUGGUGAGGCUGUAUAAAUCCAGCCAUGUAGAGCAGGCUCUGCAAGGAGCAACUAUUGUAAGAAUGUUUCUUAUUUCGUGUGUUAAUAUCAUUGUACAUAACGAUUUAAUGACGGUAAACUGUAGUGAUUUAACCUGUUCAUUAGGAGAAAGUACGAAUUUUCAGAUGGCGAUGUAAUAAAGUAUUCAUAAAAU